AUGUCAGCAGCUGCUGUUUCAUCAGCUAAAACAAGUUCGUCAUCGGCUGGACGACCUGUUUUGAAAAAUUUAACUCGAGCACGAGUACCUAGAGCUGGUUUGAUUGGUUGUAGUCUUGCUGUUGUAGCUGCUCUUGCGUGCAAAUUUUUGGUAUCUGAUCGACAUAAACGUCAAAUAUCAUCAUUUUACAAAACUUAUGAUCCAGAACGAGAUUAUGCUCGUAUGAAAGCAGCAGGUGUAUUUAAGAGUCUUGAGAGUCAAGAACGUCCUGCAUGGCUUAGUGAUUAUGAAAAAGAACUUGAUGAAGCUAUUGCUUCAAUACAAAUAACUAGUGGCAGCAAAUAACAAGUAAUGCGUUCAUUAGGAUUAAAUCCCACGAAUAAAGAAAUUGCUGAUCUUAUUGCUGAAGUAGAUAAAAAUGGUAAUCAAAUUUUAGAUUUUCAAGAAUUUGUUGCAUUUAUGAGUAAACAUUGGCAUGAACGUGAUCAAGAAGUUGAAUUGCGUGAAGCAUUUCGACUUUUUGAUCGAGAUAAUUCAGGUUAUAUAACGAUCAAUGAAUUAAAAGAGGUGAUGCUUAAUAUGGGUGAAAAACUCAAUCAAGAAGAAUUAGAAGAGAUGAUGAGAGAGGCUGAUGUAAAUAAAGACGGUAAACUUGAUUAUGAAGGUAAUUUAAUCUUAUAA